UUCAGUAGACUUGAGGGCGACUACAUUGCGGUAAUGUGGAGGAGAGGACAAAGCCGGUCGCCGUAGUAGUAGUGUUUAGUAUUCUCCACAUUGGUAGGGGAACAGUUUAAGUAAAAAUGAAUCUCCUCAAUAUGGACGCGGAGAACCGCGUGGUUCUUAAUGUGGGAGGUAUUCGCCACGAGACGUACAAGGCAACGCUGAAGAAGAUCCCCGCGACGCGGCUGUCCAGACUGACGGAGGCCCUUGCGAAUUACGACCCAGUGCUGAACGAGUACUUCUUCGACCGACACCCGGGCGUGUUCGCACAAGUCCUCAAUUACUACAGAACGGGCAAGCUCCAUUACCCGACAGACGUCUGCGGACCUCUGUUUGAGGAGGAGCUGGAGUUCUGGGGUCUCGACGCCAACCAGGUGGAGCCGUGCUGCUGGAUGACCUACACGCAGCAUCGGGACACCCAAGAGACCCUGGCAGUGUUGGACCGCCUGGACUUGGAUACCGAGAAGCCGUCGGACGAAGAAGUAGCGAGGAAGUUUGGUUUCGAGGAGGACUAUUAUAAAGGAACUGUGUCUUGGUGGCAGCAGUUGAAACCACAAAUGUGGUCGUUGUUCGACGAGCCGUACAGUUCUAAUGCCGCUAAGAUAAUCGGGGUGAUAUCAGUGUUUUUUAUAUGUGUGUCCAUAAUCUCGUUUUGCUUAAAAACUCAUCCGGAUAUGAGAGUGCCAGUGAUAAGAAACUAUACAGUGACGACGGCGAACCAAACGCAGAGUUGGGCGUUGGACAAAGUACAAACAAACGCUCACAUUGCGUUCUUCUACAUUGAAUGUGUGUGCAACGCGUGGUUCACAUUAGAGAUCUUAGUGAGAUUCAUAUCAUCGCCAAAUAAGUGCGAAUUCAUUAAGUCCUCAGUCAACAUCAUCGAUUAUAUAGCUACAAUGAGUUUCUAUAUCGAUUUAAUACUUCAAAAGUACGCGUCUCACGUGGAGAACGCAGACAUCUUAGAAUUCUUUUCAAUCAUUAGGAUAAUGAGGCUUUUCAAGCUAACGAGACAUUCGUCUGGUCUGAAGAUUCUUAUUCAGACGUUCAGAGCGUCAGCCAAAGAAUUGACUCUACUGGUGUUUUUCUUAGUGCUCGGUAUUGUUAUAUUCGCCAGUUUGGUGUAUUACGCUGAGAGGAUACAGACCAAUCCUCAUAAUGACUUUAACAGUAUACCAUUAGGACUGUGGUGGGCGUUGGUUACCAUGACUACUGUAGGUUACGGGGAUAUGGCGCCGAAGACCUACGUGGGCAUGUUUGUUGGAGCGCUAUGUGCAUUAGCUGGUGUGCUGACGAUAGCUCUGCCAGUGCCGGUCAUAGUAUCCAACUUUGCGAUGUACUAUUCACACACGCAAGCGAGGGCAAAAUUGCCCAAGAAGAGGCGAAGAGUCAUAAACGUCGAACCAGCGAGGCCACCGAUGCGUGCUCCAGGAGUUCCUGGUGCUCCUGGAGGAGGAGGACCCAUGGCACCCGGUAUGGGAGCCCAAGCGGUCAAUCGUAGAAUGAACGCUAUUAAAACUAAUCAUCCCAAAGAUAUGAUGGGACCUAACAUGGUUGCCACCUUGAUGCCAGGGAUGGACUUGUCAGUAACUACUCGUCUCUCUCCUAACCCUCGCGAUAUGAGUCCGGCUCUAGCUAUAGCGUUACCAAUGAUGAAAUCGGUUAACAUUGUGCCAGCGCAAUGUUUUGACAACAUGGCGUUCCACGCUGAGAAAACUGAAGACAAAAAAAGGGAUAACGAUAAAAAUAGCAGAAAUACUAGCCGACAGGAAUCCAUGGAAAGCGAUAAUACAGUGAGAGUGAACAAUUAUAAAAAUGAAAUUUAUAUAGAUAAGAAUGAAGAGAAAACAGAUGCCAGGACUCCGUUGUUACGAGAUCAUAAAAUCGAAUCGCUUGAUGAGAACAAAAUGCGUGAAAACAAAGCAGAGAAGAGAAAAUCUUCAGCUUCUACAUAACAAUAACUUCUAAUGUAUUAUUAAUUAAAAAUUAACGCUACUGCAAAAUUAAACAUAAUGUCAAUGAGACCAAUAGUAAGUACUAAGAAUGAUUUCAAAUCUCAUGAUCAUUCGAUGUUUUUCUCCUUAAGCGAAGUAUACUGGAAUGUUCUAACAUGUUAUGAAAGGUUUAUAAGGCAAAUUAGUUCAGUAUUUCAAAUAUAUUAAAAAAAAAGUAUUAUGGUCAUCACCAUACUAUAACUUGUCUGAGUAUGUAUUUGAAAAAUUGGAAUUUCAGUUUCUAUUAGAACUAAAUAAAUACCAACUACUACAAGUAAGAUAAGACCUUCCAAAACUUUGUAAAGAAUUGGUGAUAACAAAUAAAUAUAUGCAAGAAAUGCGAGCUAUCAUAACAUUCUUCUGUAAGAUAUUUGAAAUAUUGUUCUAAUUUUAAUUAAGUGUAUAAUUUGCAAAUGUAAUAACUUCACAAGUUACGUGGACAUGUGCGAGAAAUGCCUUGAAUUAGCAAUGCUAUGAUUUAUUAAAGGAUUAUAAUAUAUUCGAUAAUUUCGUCUUAUAGGAAAGAUCAGCAUUUGAAGGCCGUGAUAGAUAUAAGGUAGUAACAAGUGUUUAAAGCACUUAUUUUACACAUAUAACGUUAAUAAUAGUUGCCUAUCACAAACUAGUGAAUUGAAUGUAAGCAACAUUCACCGCUUUAAGUAGAAAUUACUA